CUAAAACUAAAACCUGCAAAUUAUAAGAUUCAGACCAGAACCCAAAUUCCAAACAAGGUCUAGGGUUCAAACUCAUUCAUGGCGGACGAAGAUGAGGAUUAUUCCAGACGUAAUAGCGAGAAUGAGAAGAACAAAUCGGAGUUUAUCAUAAGGAUACCUUCCUAUCAAGAGGUCUUCCAGACUUCUCAAUCUCGACCCCAAUCUGAUUCGCUCUUCAAUCCUUCUCCUUCGUUUUCUCAAGCCUUCAAUUUCAUAAAACAAUCUGAAUUUUACACUCCUCCUCCUCCUCCGUCGUCCACUCUCCACCCGCAGACUGACAUUGGUUCCGACUCCAGAGAUGUUGGUAAACCUAAUUUUCCGUCUUCUUCAUCUGUUGGACCGAGUUCAUCUUCGUUCUCACAAUCUGUUCAAAAUCGAAAUGCAAUUCUCGUUAAUAAUCGGCAGAAGGGAAAUCCUUUGUUGAAAUACAUAAGGAAUGUAAGGUGGGCAUUUGCUGAUGAUGUUGUUUGUGAUUAUAUGUUGGGUCAAAAUGCAUGUGCCCUUUAUCUCAGUCUUCGUUAUCAUUUGCUUCAUCCCGAUUAUCUCUAUUUUCGAAUAAGGGAAUUGCAGAAGAAUUUCAGGCUACGUGUUGUUUUAUGUCAUGUAGAUGUCGAGGAUGUACUUAAACCAUUACUUGAAGUCACGAAAACAGCAUUACUUCAUGAUUGUACACUUCUCUGUGGCUGGAGUUUGGAAGAGUGUGGUAGAUAUCUUGAGACGAUUAAAGUGUAUGAGAACAAACCGGCAGACUUAAUUCAAGGUCAAACAGAUACAGAUUACUUAUCGCGGCUAAACCAUGCUCUCACAGGAGUCCGACAUGUUAACAAGACUGAUGUUGUUACCCUUGGUUCUACAUUUGGAUCUUUGUCGCAUGUUAUGGAUGCAUCUAUGGAAGAUCUAGCUCGUUGCCCUGGCAUAGGAGAGCGUAAGGUAAAACGAUUAUACGAUACUUUCCAUGAACCAUUCAAGCAUUCCGUUCCCAGGCACAAUAUUGUUGCAGAAGAUUCAACACGGAGCAGUGCUGGUGAGUCAUGUUUGGUGAGUCAGGAUCGUAAAGAAGGAGAAGUCGAAGAAACAAAAAAAGGAAGCAAAAAUAAGAAGGAAGAAAGACUAAAACCAGCAGAAGGAAGUGUUAAAUCUGCUCUUUCUGCUGCAUUUGCAAAAUAUUCAGCCAAGAAAACAACACAACAAAAAGGGGAUUAAUUAGAGUUAUUAGUGGAAUGGUAGUUAAAAAUGUUAUUUAGUAGAUAUGUAUGUGUUAUUGUGUUAUAGGGAAAAUCAAAUUAUUUUCUAAAUCAUAAUUUUCACCU